AUGGCCAUUUGUAAUUAUUGUGCAUCUACAACAAAAAGUUACCCUAAUUUGGGAAGAUUGCUGCUGAAGGCGUAUCUUAUGGCCAGCACUGGUGGAAAAAAGGAGCUUGAAUGGAUAGAGAGAGUGAAAUCAGAGGGAGCUGUUCCACUUCUUGAUGCAGAAAAUUGCCGAAAUGGUUGGUCUUCUCCACCUGGGGACAAGUUUAUGGUUAGAGGUCCUGAGUACUUGUCAAACAGGGUUAAAGUUCCUGCUGGUGAAUACCUUCUAAAGCCUCUUGGUUUUGAUUGGAUAAGAGGUUCUACAAAAAUUGGGGAGGUCUUAAAACAUCCAAACAGUCGUGUGAGAAAGGCUAUUGAGGACGAGUGUCUGACAGGUGAUAAGCCUUUUGUUUGGGCUUUCAAUCUACAAGUUCCUAGUAAGGAUAAUUAUAGUGCUGUAGCAUAUUUUACAACCAAGGAGCCUAUUCCUGAGGGGUCUUUGAUGGACCGGUUCUUAAAAGGUGAUGAUGGGUUUAGGAAUUCAAGGCUUAAAUUGAUUGCUAACAUUGUGAAGGGUCCUUGGAUUGUGAGGAAAGCAGUUGGGGAGCAGGCCAUAUGCAUAAUUGGGCGUGCCCUUUCUUGUAAAUAUUGUGUAUCAGACAAUUUCUUAGAAGUAGAUGUGGAUAUUGGAUCUUCCAUGGUUGCAAGUGCAAUAGUUCAUCUGGCAUUUGGUUAUAUAACAACGCUGACUGUUGACCUUGCCUUUCUCAUUGAGGGCCAGACUGAAUCAGAGCUUCCAGAACAAAUCUUAGGUGCUGUAAGAUUCUCUGAACUAGACCCUGCUGUGGCUAGGGCAACUGAACCAUCUUCUAGUAGGAGUGCUGGCAGUUUGCAGUCUAAUCUGCCUACGCGAUUAUGGAAGUCAAUAGGGCAGGGGUUUUCCCACAUGCUUCAUCCAGGUACCCAAGAAAAUGGUUCUAGCUUGGGCUCAGCACAUGGUAAUGGGAUUGAGGUCUAUGAAGGAAAUUCAGAAGAACCUAAGAAAUGUAUGGCCACUAAGGAAGUGAGAAGACCCACAAUGAGACCAGAAAGUUCAGUUUAUACUCGACCAGUAGGAGUAUCUUCAAAAACUGUUUGCGCCUAUUGGAUUGCUGGAAGGUGCACUAAGAAGUUCUGUAGAUUCUUGCACACAAGUGCACCAUCUUCACUGGCGAACCCUCACAUUUCAAAGCAGAAGGCUAUUCAGAAGGGCAAUGCAUACAAUGCUACUCAGAAAAGCAAUGUUGUUCAGAAGUCCCCAGAAAAGGUCUGCAAGUUUUGGGUAGUAGGAAACUGUGUUGAAGGUGAUCGAUGCCCGUAUUUGCAUACAUGGUUUCGUGGAGCUGGGUUCUCAAUGUUGGUGAAGCUCCAAGGGCACAAGAAGGCUGUCACUGGGAUUGCACUUCCUGAAACAUCUGACAAGCUUUAUUCAGCCGGUACAGAUGGAACAGCCAGAGUUUGGGACUGCCAUACUGGUCAAUGUGGCAGUGUGAUUAAUCUUGGUGGUGAAGCAGGUUCUUUAGUUAGUGAUGGCCCAUGGAUUUUUGUUGGUGUACCAAAUGUUGUUAAGGCGUGGAACAUUCAGACAAACGCUGAAUUCAACCUGAAUGGACCUGUUGGCCAAGUGCACGCCAUGGUGGUUGCUAAUGAAAUGCUUUUUGCCGGGGCACAGGAUGGUGUUAUAUUGGUGUGGAAAGGUUGUUCUGAAAGUAAUCCAUUUCAGCUGGCUGGAACUCUGAAAGGCCACACUCAAGCUGUGGUAUGUUUAACUGUUGGGCGCAGUAGGCUUUACUCAGGUUCUGUGGACCAAACAAUCAGGGUGUGGGACCUUGAUACUUUACAGUGUAUUAUGACACUAAAUGGGCAUUCUGAUGUGGUGAUGUCUCUUAUUUGCUGGGAUCAAUUCCUGCUCUCAUGUUCAUUGGACUGCACAAUAAAGGUGUGGGUUGCCACUGAAGGAGGCAACUUGGAAGUGACCUACACUCACAACGAAGAACAUGGUGUUCUUGCACUUAGCGGAAUGCCAGAUGCAGAAGCUAAGCCAAUCUUGUUUUGCUCAUGCAAUGACGCUUCUGUUCGCCUAUAUGAACUGCCAUCAUUUACUGAGAGGGGCAGACUAUUUGGCAAACGAGAAGUUCGGGCAAUUCAGAUAGGGCCCGGAGGACUAUUUUUCAGUGGUGACACUAGUGGUCUCCUGUCUGUUUGGAAGUGGCUGGACCUUGACCUCAAGGAACUGUCUUCAUGA